AUGUGUAAGGGCUCCCUCUGCUUUUACGCAAAGAAUACCAAGGGAUUUUUGUUUUGCUUGUGAUGAGUGCGGUCGUUGUCACGAUGAGGAAAUAGAGUACAGUUUCACUUUCGGUAGCUCUGAAACGGUGUGUGCAAGCGGCUUGCGCACAGAGUGGGGCUGCGGGGCUCUAACUACGCCACACAGUAAAUACGCUAAUCUAUCGUUUGGAAAGAUGACUGGCGAUCAUCCCAAAUCUACAACCGAGGAUGAGUACCCCCAAAACACCGACGGGAAGAGUCAGUGGAGGAUCAGCAACAGCCAGGUCCCAGUCACCUCCCACCGAACCAGUUCCUACUCCCCGGCCUCGGACGACGACCCGAAACAUCCGUUCCAGCAAAGCACCAGGAAUGCGCAUCUAACUCGGGGAAGAAAUUUAAACAGUGAUUCAAUGGAGAAUUCUACCAGAAAUGAAAUCCAACUUCAUGCAACAACAGACGUCAGUAGCUGUGAAAAGAACACCUUUGUAGACCGUGAACAAAGGAGACCCACAAGAUACAGUAGUGAUAGAAGGUUUGUGGGGCUCACCAACAUGGGCAACAGCUGCUGUGUGAAUGUCCUUCUGCAGAUUUUGUUUAUGACUCCUGAAUAUAGAAACUUGAUUUUGAGGUGUCAACAAGAAGGCAUUCUGAAAACUGCACCUAAUCACAUCCCAUAUCAACUUAGUAAAAUGUUCCAGCAUCUGCAAGGCACUACGGAAAGACCUGCAUCACCUCGCAGCAUUAUUCACUGCUUGUGGUUAAAUGACAUAAACAUGGGGGUUCAACAGGAUGCUGAAGAAAUAUUUCGUUUCAUCUUUUGUCUGGUACAAAAUCAGUUGGAGGGGACAGACUUUGUCACAGAUGUUAAUAAACUUUUCAUCAUAACUACUGAGGAAUAUACAAGGUGCCUCGAGUGUCUACAAAAAAUCAAGCAGACUGGAAGCAUGCUGACUAUCCCCAUUUCUCUAUGUAACCCUUCAACAGUAAAGCUUGAGAAUAUAGAGAAUUCUCUUGCCACCUUCUUUGAACCCCAAAAAUUGGAUGCUGGUAAUAUGUGCUACUGUGACAGAUGUAGAAAAAAGACAGUCACAAUGAAGAGCUACGGUGUGAUUUCUUAUCCACAAAUACUGUGUCUACAGUUGAAACGCUUUUACUUUUCUACAGAUUGGGAGAGAACAGUGAAAAAUUAUGAUUUUAUGGAAUUUCCUGAGACCUUGCAUUUGAAAAAUUCUUGGGAGGAAUCUCACAGCCAAAUGAACAAGUUUCAGUACCGUCUCAUGUCUGUGAUUGUACAUGUAGGCAGUGCAUCAUUUGGUCAUUAUUAUGCUUAUAUAAGGAGCUUCCCAGAAAUGGAGUGGUAUUGCUUCAUGGAUGAAUGUAUCAGGAAGGCAACAUGGGAAGACAUAAAAGAAACAUUUGGGUCUUCACGGGGAUGUUCAGGACGAAGUGGAUGUCAAAUGGGUGGAACAGCUUAUCUUCUAUUUUAUCGUAGAAUGGGGUGAUCAUUUCAGCUAAAAUGCAGCAGACCUGAACAUAACUAUCAAGAUAUUGCAGAAUUUUCAUUACUUGUUGACUGUCUUUUUUAAAUUAAAACUAAACAAUCAUAAUUUUAAAUUAGACAUCAGGAUGUCUACAGUGCAAAAUCUUCAAUGGUUCUGAUAUUACUUGUUGUCUUAUGCUUCUAAGUUGAGUAAUUUAAAUCUAGUAUAAUUUAAAAUUAGAUGACAAAAUAUCUGCAGAGCAGCAUUUUCCAAUGGAAUUCUCCAGGGCUGCUCUGAAUUUGUUGGAAUCAUUAGGGGCAACAGAAAAAAAGAAAUGUCUGACUUUUGUCGGACUUUCAACCCUCCAAUUAUUAAAUUCUGGCUUUGCAAACAUCCUGGUCUCCGGUUGUAGCCAUAGUGCACAAUUGCAGCCUGUGCAAUGAGUCUGCCUCAUCUGCGAACAAUUGCAGUCACCAUAGCCCCACAAGAUACACUUCUGUCCCAGAUGGUCAAUCACCAGACUAUCCGCCCCGGCCAUAGGCUUGUUGACAGUUCCUGGAAACAACUAGGACAGUACCAACUACUUAAAAGGAGCAAUCUGUGAUAUUAUCAGACUGAAGCUUGUGGGUACUGGGACGAGUGCUGUGGGAGCUCAGUUCCCUUUUUGUCUGCCUGAUUCUAACAGACAAUACAGUGCUGGACCAGGAACCCAAUGCUGGUCACGUGGAUCGGAACAGUUGCCUGUUUCAGGACCAGAGAUGGUACCAGGCCCAGGGACCAGAUCAGUCCAAAUCUAGCUCUAGAUGCAGGUGCACAGUACUGGUGGGCAUAGGUCUGUCACAGUAUAAUACUUGGGUACAGUGUUGGUGGGAACAGGUGGGUCAUCAUUUAAUAUUGGGGAAUAAUGCUACUGAUUGGUUUGUCACUAUUAUGGCUACAAGACUGGUAGGCUCAAAUUGUCACUUGCUGGAAAUGAGUCCUGGACACUGUAUAAUGCUUAUAUUGGUAAAUGCAGGAUUUCCCUGUAGCACUAGGCUACUGUACUGGGGAAACAGGUCUGUUACUAUAACAUUGGGUUACAGUACAGGUGAACACAGGUCUGUCACAGGAGGGCACUGUCACUAUAACAUUCGGGAGUGCAUGAUGAUUGAUGAUUUGAAACUCAAAUGGUCAGUAAGUGUGGUAAAACCUAAUUCAUUUCCAGCUUUCAAAAAGGAUUUAUAGAAGCACAGCUGGGGAGAGUAGCAAUUGGGGCAGCUGUGAAGUGGGGGGGGGUUGCAGUGGUUGGGGGGGUAGGGCAAUUGAGGGAAAGGAAUGAGGAAGGAAUUGAAUGAAGAGGGAGGUGAGAGCCUGAGGGAGGCAAUUGGGGAAGAGGAUACAGACAGAGAGAGGACUGAAGCAGGGAGGAGAUAAGGGUGUGUGUCUGUGUGUGUUGUAGGUAGGUGUCUCUUACACCCACUUCGUGUUCAGCCUGAACCCUUUCAGUCAGCAUAAGAUGAGUCAAGGCCCACAGAGUAGCACACCCAGAAUUCCUCUAAAAGUUUAAGUAAAAUGGCACAGGUACAAUACAGGCACUAGAAAUACAGCGUAAAGUGAUACAAAAUUACUGAAGAUUACAUGAUGUAAGAUACUACAACUAUUGUACAUUAAUGUGACUUCUGUGCUUUACAUAGCUUUAACCCUUAACUGUAACUGUGACAUCCACAUGUCUCUUACUCUGAAGGCAAUUCAUUUGAAAGAGCCCAUCUGCAAUUGUGUACAGGUGAUCACCCCAGUUGCAAUUCCUUUGCAUGCUGUACUCAUUUUUUAACUUUAGAUGAACACUUCACCCAGAUGAUCGCCCAGAGGAAAGUAUGCAGGGAAUCACCCAAAAUAAAGUAGACAGAGGAUCACUCAACUUCCUUCAAGUUGCUAAAGUUUACCCCAUAUCUUAUUUUAGGAUGUUAAUUUUACAAUAAAAAAAAUGACACCCACAACAAUUUUAUUGAUGUAAUCCCAACCACCCCCUCCCCACUCCUUUGUACCAUCAACAUCCUAAUUGUUUGCUGCAAGCCUGUGAUCUUGAUUUUCAACUAUUAGCAUAACAAAAUUUCUUUGAAGUCUAUUAGCAUUCUGAAAAGUUACUGAAUAGGGUUUUACUCUUGUGAUUAUUCUGUUGUUUUCUAUAUUCAAAGGCCAUUGGCAACAUUACCAUACUGUGCCAUCUUCAUUACUGUGUUGCCUUGUAAAUCUUUGUUAAUCACCACACCUUGGUGUUCAGAGAAGCCUUUUUAUAUUUGCAUGAACAUGUUUUUCAGUAUUUCCUCUAACCUCAUGGUCUGAUUGAGAAGUUCACGAAAGAUUCUUAGUUCCUUUUGGUCGAUAUUUAGGUCAUGUUAAUUUACCAUAAGUUCAGAAUGUACUUGCUGAAGAUUUUCUCACUGGUGGUCCAAAUGAGCCCAUGUGUGCUUUGAGUGUGAGUAAGUACAUGUGUAUGUGUCUGUGCCAAGUCUGUGACGUAGAGCUUGAUUUCCAAUCACUUCCCAGCUGGAGGCACCACUAUCCCGGCUGCAGUUCUACAUGAAUUAUCAUCGCACAUUUUCAGAUCCUUCUGUCCAAAGCCACUCUUGUGACUGGAUUCAUUAAUAUCUCAAAGAGAAAUGAGUUCCACUUGUGGGCAGUGUUACAGAACUUGGUUUUAUAUUCCACCAUAAUAAUAUUUGUUGUUUGUCAGCACAUGAAUAAUAAACAGGCUUCUGGCUGAUGACUGUUACUUGGAUUACAUUUUGAGUCUGAACACAAAACUAAAACCAAUACUUUUUCAGUUAUAUUUUGAGAAAUAUUAAAAACUGUAAGUGACUGAAUUAAUUUUGAAUUUUUGUAUAUUCUCAAUUAUAAGAGACUUCAUAUUAGAAUCUGUAAAAUAAAUUUAUAAUACCAAUGACUAAACUUGUGCCUAGUAAAUCAGUUGUUACAUUUUGUACUUACAUUUGGUGAACUUUAAAUGAAUAUGAUGUUUGAUUUUUUUUUUGUUGUAGACGUAUGAUGGACUUGAACACUGAUUUUUCAAUCUUUUUGGAGGGCAGAAUAUUUUCCCAAGAGUAAACCUUAAAUUGUUGUGUUUUUUUUUUACAAACACUCUUUUUAAAAAGAAAGUAUUUGCUAGUAUCUGUCAUAUUACUUUGGCCUGUGACCAGUUUGUACAAAGCUCAUGGCUUAGCCUGAACACUAAGUUAACAUUGAAACCUUUCCACUAGCACCUGGUUUAUCCCAAACAGCCUUGAAAGGUUGUGGGAGGGAGUGACUGGGUUAUGGAAAAUGUCAAGAUUGCUUAUGGCUUUCGCACACUACUACUGCUUAAGUGAGAAUGCUGUUAAACACUUGGCACUUAAGGCAAUAUUCCUCCUCUCUCAUCCUAUGAUGAGGCUCUCCAUCUCCACCAAUACCCACUCUCCUUCCCACAGCAUCUUCCUAUUCAGCUGCAAAAGAUGAAACAUUUGCCAUUUCACCUUCUUCCUUCACACCAUCCAGGGGCCCAAACAGUCUUUGAGGAGCAGUGACUGACUUGUACUACUUUCAAUUUGGUGUACUGCAUUUGUUGUUCAUCGUGGGGUCUCCUCCAAUAAAGAAAUCAACCACAAAUAAGGUCACUGUCUUCCAGAACACCUCCUUUCGGUCUGUAAGUGUGAACUAAGCUCCACCCCCCACUCUGGCCUCUCUGCCUUCAGCCGCUCACACUGUUCCAAUGAAGCCCACAGUGAACUUGAAGAGUGGGACCUCAUCUGCUUAACCACAUUACAGCCAUCUGGGCUUAGCACUGGGUUUAGCAACUUUGGAUCAUCAGCUAUUCCAGCCUUUUUAUCUCUCAUUACAAUAUUCAUAGUAUUUACUCAUUUCUUUUGGUAACUUCACAUUUCUUCACCUUUGCCCAAUUACACUUCCUCCAGCCAUAACUUUUGUGACUCCUUUCACCUGGCAUCACCAUGACUUAUAUCAUUUAAUCUCUCCUGGUCUCCAUCCCCCUUCCCUUUCUUCAUCUUAAAUCUUGUUUUACCUUGUUUCUGAUAAAAUGUCAACAACCUGAAAUGUUAAAUCUCUGCCUUCAUAGGUCCUUUCUGAUCUGUUAGAGAAUAUUUCCAGCACUUUGUUUUAUUUUCUUUUUCCAGCAGAUGCAGUAUUUUGCCUUUGGAAGAGCAAGAAGAAGUUUGCUGAUUCUGGCUGAAUACUAAAUACUUCAGAAUACUAAAUCCGUAGUAUCUUUCCAGAAUACUAAAUCUGUAGUAUCUAUGUAUCUAGGGGCUAGAGUAAGUAUGCAUUUCUAUGAACUGAUUCUGCAGCACCGCUUGAUUAUCUUCCCAUGUGAAAUGGUUAAAAAUUAAACUGUAAUUGUGGAAAAUUUAGAGAAAUUGCACCUUACAUGAAAGGUCAAUAACUUGCAUGUUGAGCCUGAAAUUAUAUUGUCUUGUCUAAGGACCUCACUGGCCUGGGAAUUGGUAAAUACUGAAUAGAAAAAAAUAGACUAAAGACACUUUAAGCCUUUUGCAUCCAUUGUAAGGCUAGGAAUUUAAGCAAAGCAGAGAUUCCAAGCCCAUACAGCCAUUCCUUGAUUCAGUUCAUUUUCCUGGAAAAUGUUUAAUUAAAUGAAAAUCAGUAAAUCAAAAGCUCUGGGUGAAAUGCGGUAUUAUAUUUUGGUACACAGUGUUCCUAUGCAUGUAGAGUAUUGUGCUAUUUGUUAUAAUUAAAAAUAGCUGAGAGUAUCAAGGACAUGUACUCUAAAGUGUUAGUUGUGUUACAGUAAAAAUUUGUAAAUCAAAUGCCUGUAAAUCAAAGAAUGUCUAUAAACACUAAAUCCACUUCCUGAUUUUUGUUUAAAAUGUAAUUUUUUUCAUUCAACCAUGACACAUUCCUGGUGAACAUAUGUUGCAACACUUUCUAGGUCUUUGAUUCAUUUAGAGAGAUGGUGUAUUCUGUCAGAUUGAAGCUGGCAAAAUAAAAAGUAUCUCUUUAGA